CUGUUUUGAUUUUGCACAGGGCAACUGCCUCUGUUUCAUUCGAGGAAACCUUUAAAUGAAACUUGCUUAAAAUCUGAGCUCGCACACAGAAGAGAGACCGCAAUCAACGCUGAAGUGGAAGGGGAAGAUGCUGUCCUUGAACAACCUACAGAAUGUCAUCUACAACCCGAUAAUCCCCUAUGUUGGGACCAUCCCUGAGCAGUUGGAGCCUGGAACUUUGAUUGUGAUCCGUGGGCACGUUCCCGGGGACUCGGACAGGUUCCAGGUGGACCUACAGUGCGGCAGCAGCGUGAACCCCCGAGCGGACGUGGUCUUCCACUUCAACCCCCGUUUCAAAAGGACCAACUGCAUCGUGUGCAACACUCUGAAAAACGAGAAAUGGGGGCGGGAGGAGAUCACCUACGACAUGCCUUUCAGGAAGGAGAAGUCCUUCGAGAUCGUGAUGAUGGUGCUGAAAGACAAAUUCCAGGUGGCUGUCAAUGGAAAACACACGCUGCUCUACGCCCACAGGAUCAGCCCCAAGAAAAUCGACACCCUGGGCAUCUACGGCAAAGUGAGCAUCCACUCGGUGGGCUUCAGCUUCAGCUCGGAUUUAAGGAGCGCCCAAGCAUCCACUCUGGAAGUGGCAGUUCUAAAUGGAGAAGAUGCACCCAGUGCCGGCAUGUCACAGUUUCCUAGUAAUAGAGGAGACACUGAUAAAAUCGUACCCAGAACUGUCUGCACCAAGAGCAAAGGUUCGACUGCCCAUCACACUUUGACUUGCGCCAAAAUACUACCUAUCAACUGUUUGUCAAAGUUGACUAAAUUUUAUUUUUUUUGUCUUAAAAGCUUUAAUGUUGAUCUGAUAUCAGGAAAAUCAAAGGAUAUUGCUCUCCACUUGAACCCGCGCCUGAAUAGUAAAGCAUUUAUAAGGAAUUCUUUCCUUCAAGAGUCCUGGGGAGAAGAAGAGAGAAAUAUUACCUGUUUCCCAUUUAGUCCUGGGAUGUACUUUGAGAUGAUAAUUUACUGUGAUGUUAAAGAGUUCAAGGUUGCGGUGAAUGGCGUCCACAGCCUGGAGUACAAGCACAGGUUUAAAGAGCUCCCCAGCAUCGACACCCUGGAGGUUGACGGAGACAUCCAGCUGCUGGAAGUAAGGAGCUGGUAGCUGGCACGACCACCACAAAAACUGAAAUACAGAAUGGCUUACGUGACACUGGCCUGGUUAAAAUGCAUCUCACGACCAUACUACCUGUGUGUAUAGUUAAGAUGAGCUUCCGCAGUAUUAGUCCUCCUGGUGUUCAGACCUGUCAUGCAGGAGGCUCCGUCUAGCGCAGGAGGAGGAAGUUGGAGGCAGCAGCAGCUUAUGCAUUAUUCAGGCCUCCUCCUCUCUCCCCACCCGCCUGUUUAUACCUCGCUUCACGAGUCACCAGGCACUGGUGAGGUGCCUGUUCUAUACAGCAGCAAACGUGCAUCGAGCACUGCCUUUGCCAGCACCGUGCUGGGAGCUGGGAUGGAUGUACAGUGGUGUCCAAAACCAUGUUCCUUAUGCUCUUCUGUCUGCCCUUGUGCCACUGCAGGUUAGAUACACUCACCAGGGCCUUGGAAUGACUCAGCUAUUAAAUCACCUAAGACAUUAAUUAUAGAAGACACUACUACAGCCCCAGGGACCACAUUCUUAAGGAGCCUUUUCUCAUCCCCACAGCUGAGGAGUUGAUAGCAACUUACACCUGGCAGUUCCCUUUAACAUAAUAAGCAUCUAACUGUAAGCACCACCAAAUCAUUAACACUAUGAACACGGCACAGAGAUUAAGGCAACAAAACGAAGCAAAAGCAACAAAAACAAAUGGUGUUGAAAUUCACUUGAUGUCAAUCACAAUACUUUUGUACCAGUAAGUGGUUACUGUAGAAUAUUUUUUUUAUGAAUGUAGGGUGAGUUAAAGGUCUGCACAUACCUGUACAGAGAGUUUAAAGUAGAAGUGAGAGGAAUUCAAUUUGCAAAUGUGUAUGGGUCACAAAGCAAAGUUAAGAAUUGAUUUAAUGUUUAUGAAACAGGCCCUACCAGAAAGUGAAAUAGACCAACGCAGAGAGGCAACAUAAACACCUGUUCGUUGUCUGCAUGCAAAGCGACACCACCUCUCUGCUUUUCCAGAUUAGUCCAUCACUAGGCUGAGAUCAAACAUUGUUCUAUCUGAGUGAUUAAAUCAAACCUGUAUCAGCAAGUUAAGUGUUGCAUUUCUGUAAUUUUUCCUAUGAUUCUUUGAAACGAGUUGGCAGAAUUCUUUGCAGAAUUCUUACAUGUCAGAUCUUGUUUCAGGAAAUUUAAGAGGCUUGGGAGUGGGGAGGUAAAAAGCUCCAUCAGCCAGAUCAUUUGUCAUAUUAAAUUGCUGAGCUGGAUUCUGCCAGGAUUUAGGAGUAUUUUCAUAACAGAUAUUCGUUAUUUUUUAAUACCAAUAUACUAAAAAGAAUACUAUUACCAAUAUAUAUAUAUAUUAAAGUACCCGCUCAGUGUAGAAACUUCUAGCAUUCUUUCCCACGUUUUCCUGUUAGUUUAUUAUGCCGAAUCUUGCCAAACUCAAAAAACAUUGAUGGGGGCGGGAGGGCAAGAAGACUCUAGAAUCCCAGGGUUAUUUUUUUUCUUCCUGAAAGAUUGCAUGACAGAUUUUCCUCUAAGUCCAAUAGUUCAUGUUACAUGGAGAUUGUAAAACAAAGGACUGAAUACGAAAUCUUAAGAUGUUUUUGAAGUGAAGCUAUUAGCAUUUAUGACUGAACCUUACUAAGACUUUCCUUGAAGAGAAUAUAUGUGUCUCUAAACCGCA